CCAGCGAGAGCAGCUCUGCGGACCCCCGGCGCCCUCGGCCACGAUGCCGCGCUCCUUCCUGGUCAGGAAGCCUUCCGACCCCCGCCGGAAGCCCAACUACAGCGAGCUGCAGGACUCGGCCCCGGAGCUCACCUUCCAGCAGCCCUACGACCAGGCUCACCUGCUGGCCGCCAUCCCGCCGCCCGAGGUCCUCAACCCCACGGCCUCCCUGCCCACGCUCAUCUGGGACUCCUUGCUGGUACCCCAGGCCCGGACCCUGGGCUGGGGCACCCCAGAGCCCCAAGAGAGCCCCAAGGCCGGGGAGCUGACCUCCCUGUCGGAUGAGGACAGCGGGAAGAGCUCUCAGCCACCCAGCCCGCCCUCGCCGGCCGCGUCCACCUUCUCCUCCACCUCCGCCUCUUCCCUGGAGGCCGAGGCCUACGCCGCCUUCCCUGCCUUAGGCCAACUGCCCAAGCAGCUGGCCCUCCACCCCAGGCUCUCCGGGGCCAGGGACCCCCAGGCCCGGAAGGCCUUCAACUGCAAAUACUGCAACAAGGAAUACCUCAGCCUGGGCGCCCUCAAGAUGCACAUUCGCAGCCACACGCUGCCCUGCGUGUGCGGGACCUGUGGGAAGGCCUUUUCCAGGCCCUGGUUGCUGCAGGGCCACGUCCGCACCCACACCGGCGAGAAGCCCUUCUCCUGCUCACACUGCAGCCGGGCCUUCGCCGACCGCUCCAACCUGCGCGCGCACCUGCAGACACACUCAGAUGUGAAGAAGUACCAGUGCCCCGCCUGCGGCCGCGCCUUCUCCCGCAUGUCGCUGCUCCACAAGCACCAGGCGGCUGGCUGCACCGCGGGCCCCCGCUGACUCUCCCUGCCUGGGCCAGAGGCUCCCGAGGCUCUGGAGUUGCUGUGUGGCCCACAGGACUCUGGCUCCGACCUCUGCCCUGGCCUUGGAGGCCUUCAGUGGGAACGGGUGGCCGCCCACCCGCCACUGUGGAGCCAGGCCCAGGCCCGCUGGGUUUGUGCACCCUGAGCUGUUAGCUGCAGCCAGAAGCCAUCAGACCGGACCAGGACACUCCCACUCCACUCAGGGGACCCCACUCUCCCCUUCCCUCCCCCCAGGAACCCUCAAGCCACCUUCCUGGGGGCAACUAUGCAGCGAUCGUGGGACAGGAGUGGGCAGGAGGCCGCCUAGCCUGGAGGUGGCCCCUGUGUGUCACGGUGACACCUGGUUUACUCUCAGGAACUGAGUGACAGCCCUCAGCCAGCCUGUCCUGUCCAGGGGCCACAGCCUGGCCCCAAGGCCCCAGACCCGCUCUGGGACCGACAGGUGUGGGAGGAAGAUGUUUACAUUUUUAAAGGUACACUGGUAUUUAUAUUACAAGCAGCAUUUUUUGUGUUAAGGAAACAUUUUGUAUAGUUA